AUGCCCAACGAUGUGGAAAAUCCAGAAGAUGGCAAUGCCGCCAAGGCGCAGGUUUUGACCACAACUACCAAUCCACCAACCCCUGAAACUGAGUCAGCCUGGUACAGUACUAUCCUUCAGCAAGCUUCUGUUUAUGGCAUCGCUGCAGGGUACUGCCUUUCAGCAUCAUUGCUUGCUAUAAUCAACAAAUGGGCUAUCAUGAAAUUCCCUUACCCCGGUGCACUGACUGCAUUGCAGUAUUUCACCAGUGCUGCCGGGGUCCUAGUUUGCGGGUGGCUUAAAUUGUUAGAGCAUGAUAAACUCGAUCUUCUCACAAUGUGGCGGUUCCUGCCUGCAGCUUUUAUAUUUUACCUAUCCCUUUUCACUAACAGCGAGCUUUUCCUCCAUGCCAAUGUCGACACAUUUAUAGUUUUCCGUUCUGUGGUACCAAUUUUUGUUGCUAUCGGAGAAACACUAUUCUUGCAUCAACCGUGGCCUUCGCUGAAAACAUGGUCAUCACUAGGGAUUAUAUUUGGUGGUAGUGUUAUCUAUGUUAUGACAGAUUACCAGUUCACUAUUGUGGCUUAUACCUGGGCUCUGGCCUAUCUAGUUAGCAUGUCUAUAGAUUUUGUGUAUAUCAAGCAUGUGAUUAUGACCAUUGGUCUCAACACAUGGGGUCUUGUUCUGUACAACAAUCUUGAGGCUCUGCUAUUGUUUCCUUUGGAGCUGCUUGUAAUGGGUGAGUUGAAGAAGAUAAAGCACGAGAUGGUUGAUGAGUCUGAUUGGUACUCUUUCCAAGUGAUCUUGCCGGUGGGGCUGUCAUGUUUGUUUGGAUUAUCCAUCUCUUUCUUUGGGUUUUCUUGCCGCAGAGCCAUAUCUGCUACUGGAUUCACUGUUCUUGGUGUUGUCAACAAGCUAUUGACAGUUUUGAUAAAUUGGGUAAUCUGGGACAAGCAUUCAACAUAUAUUGGCACAGUCGGGCUUUUGAUUUGCAUGGGGGGUGGGAUACUUUACCAGCGGUCUACAAGUAACAAAGGCAAGGAUGUAAAAGAAGCCAAAGCACAAGUAAGUGAAGAAGAACAGCAGAAGCUGCUGGAAUUGCAAAGCAGCUCAGAAAACAGUGGCAUGGAUAAACUAGGUACAAACUCUGGAGAAGCAAAAUCAUAG